UAUAAGCGCCGCCUGAUUUAUUGGAAUAGAUACCCUUAGAUCAUAUGAUCUAAGCAGAUACCUAGAGUAUAACGCCAUUUUGUAGAAACAAAAAUGGGUAACACUGCGCACGAAAUUUAAAAUUGGCGCCACCGCUUCGAAUUUGAAGUUUGUUUGUAUUGAAAGUUUAAUCAAUAAUUGCGAGCGUCAUGCCAUUUUUUAACAACAAAUUCUCGCCCAAAAAAUCAAAGCUGCGUAAAAGCGCCCUAUCGUUAAAUAACGAAAACUUAGAGGAUCUGAUUGAAGAUGAUCGGACCGUCAAGUUACAAUUGGGCGAGCACAAGAUAAACUUUUGCAACGGCCGUUGGGAAUCGGGGUCCGAAGCGGCCAAAGACACAUAUAAAAUGAAUCAAAAAUGUCAAGCAACUGAAGAGGAAAAUAAUUUACUUAAGUUAAAGAUACAAAUUCUUCUUAAUAUGCUCACACAAGCUACUGCAGAGAAUAACCUGCAACAACGCGAACUUAGCAGAUUGAAGAAAUAAGAUUAACAUCAUAGAUAUAUUUACAAAUUGUACAAAAAUUAAUUACGUUGAUUAGGGCAGUUAGUACGAAUGUGACCUUCUUGUCGACAUAUCCCACAUGUCUUUGGUUUCCGUUGUGUAGCGUUUUUAUUAUAAGGCUUAAGUGUA